AUGACCACCUCUCCCAAAGUCGGCACCCCGCAACCCGUGGCGCCCGCCGCUGGCUCGCCGGCUGCUAGUGUGGGCCCGGCGGCACUUCUGGAAAAACGUGCGUCCAGUAUUGGAUGGUAUUUCAUCGAACUGUACUAUGGUUUCUUCAAUGAUGGAAUCGAUAACAUCCACAAGUUGUACCACCCACAAGCAUCUGUGAGCCACCUGUCGUUUCCUUCUGACAAUUCCGAGAAGGUACUUCACCAGGCGGUUGGAAUUGAUGCUAUUAGGAAGAGAUUUACCAAAAUCGAGCCGGCGGUGAAUAGAAUUGUAAUUUCCAGUGCUGACAUUCAAGUGUGUUUGCAAGAUAAAAUUUUAAUUGUGGUUUACGGAGAAUGGUCAAGGGACAACGGGCCGUUCUGGCAGUUUAGCCAGACGUUUUUGUUGUGUCCAGGCAAGAGAGAAACCAUCAUUGACCUUGCGAAUGAUGUUUUGCGGUUUGUCGAUUACAACCUGUUUUCGACUGCCAAGGAGGAGGAGGAGAAAACGGAGAAGACUGAGACGACCGAAAAGACUGAAGGGGAAAAACCAGAGGCAGAAAAGGUUGACAAAACAGGAGAAAAACCUGCUUUGACCGCUGAAAAACCAGCAGAGAAAUCUAUUUCCGAGACGAAAUCCGAGUCCGACAAGCCAACCGCUGAAAAAACGAGAGCUGAACCAGAACCCUCUGCCGAAAGUGCUCUGGAACAAGCCGAUUACGUGCCUUCAGGCUCGACCGGAGACGCUGAAACCGCACCCUCGUCUGUUGAACCAGAGACCCAACAAGAAAGUGGAAAAGGCGAAACGAACAACGACGCUGACCACAGCGCCGAGUCCGAGCAAACCUCUGCUCCUGAAGAAAAAGGACCAUUGACGUGGGCUGCGUUGGCUGCAACUGCCAAAGAGUCGAGAGCUCAGGCUGCGAAACCGGCUCCAAGAAAAGUCUCUACUCCCUCAGCGGUGUCGUCGCCUCCAGCCUCCGGCUCGGCAGCAGCAUCGGUAGCUGGUAAUGGAGUUCUGAGCGGAAACGGCAAGUACAAGAAGGAAGACUGGUUCCCCAUCUACAUUCGUGGAGUGAAGGAUGUGGAAGAAAAUUCGUUGCGGGACCACUUGACAAAGAACUUUGGUCCUAUUAAGUUUCUCAAGUCCAAUAUGAACAUUGCCUUGUGUGAUUUCCAGGACGCUGAGUCGCAGAGAAGGGCUUUAAAUGCCAAAGAAACCACCGUCGAUGGCAUAGCCAUUCUGCUUGAAGUUCGUGAGCUGAAGGCCAAUGUGAAGGCUUUCAAGGCCCAGAAAGAAAAGACAGACUUCAAGAAGAAGGUGGAUAAGAAGGCGCCCAAAAAAAAGGGCCGUGACUAG